AUGUCCCAACCUCAACAACCAGCCAAGCCUGCGCCCUCGGCGGCGGUGCAGCAAAGCGACAACAUCGCUCAUGCUCUGGCCGGCGCAGGAGGCGGUAUUCUGUCCAUGGUCCUAACAUACCCUCUCAUCACCCUGUCCACGAGAGCCCAGGUCGAGUCGAAGCGUGCACACUCUACCACUCUGGAUGCGGUGCGCCGGAUCAUUGAACGGGAGGGCAUCUCCGGUCUGUACUCGGGCCUGGAGUCCGCCCUGUUCGGAAUCAGUGUCACCAACUUUGUAUACUAUUACUGGUAUGAGUGGACCCGCGCCGCUUUCGAGAAGGCCGCCAUCAAGGCGGGUCGCGCCUCCAAGAAGCUCACGACCGUCGAGUCCAUGAUCGCGGGAGCCAUCGCUGGUAGCGCCACCGUGAUGCUGACCAACCCAAUCUGGGUGAUCAACACUCGCAUGACGGCUCGCAAGUCCGAGGCCGAAGAGCAGAGCCUCCCCGGUGGCGCCAAGAAGUCCAAGACCACCACGCUCAACACCUUGAUGACUCUCCUGAAGGAGGAGGGUCCCAGGGCUCUCUUCGCCGGUGUGCUCCCGGCUUUGAUCCUGGUGAUCAACCCGAUCCUGCAGUACACCAUUUUUGAGCAGCUGAAGAAUCUCGUCGAGCGUCGGCGUCGAAUGACACCCAAGGAUGCUUUCUAUCUGGGUGCUUUGGGCAAGAUCCUGGCCACCAGCAUCACUUAUCCCUACAUCACCGUCAAGAGCCGCAUGCAUGUGGCCAGCAAGGAUGGCCCUAAGGAGAGCCUGAAUGGUAGCGUGAAGAAGAUUAUCCGCGAGGAAGGGUAUACUGGUCUGUACAAGGGUAUUGGCCCCAAGGUAACUCAGAGUGCCAUCACUGCCGCCUUCCUUUUUGCCUUCAAGGAUGUGCUGUACGACGCCAUGGUGUCGGUUCGCAAGGGCCGCUCUAUCCGCAAGUAA